GUUUUGUCGCAGGCUGGUGGCUGCGAGAGUUCCUUGAACUUUUAGGUGGAAGAUGCCGGAAAGUAACUUGGCAGAGCGGAGUGACAGAAGCGAGGAGCAGGUGUCUGGUGCUAAAGUCAUCGCCCAGGCCCUGAAGACGCAAAAUGUGGAGUACAUGUUUGGCGUCGUAGGCAUCCCGGUGACUGAAAUCGCCAUUGCAGCCCAGGAGCUAGGCAUCAGGUACAUCGGGAUGAGGAAUGAGCAAGCGGCUUGUUAUGCUGCCUCUGCAGUUGGAUAUCUGACUGGCAGGCCAGGAGUAUGCCUUGUUGUUUCUGGCCCAGGUCUCAUCCAUGCCUUGGGUGGUAUGGCAAAUUCAAAUAUGAACUGUUGGUACAAGGAGUGCUGUAUGCCACCUCCUGUUAGCAUGGCAGAAACCUCUGCUGUGGGUAUGGCAGCAUCUAUAAUUAGGAAUGCCAAACAGCCCCUUCUCAUCAUUGGGAAAGGUGCUGCUUAUGCCCAUGCAGAAGAGAGUAUCAGGAAGUUGGUGGAGCAGUGUAAAUUGCCAUUUUUGCCUACCCCAAUGGGAAAAGGUGUUGUCCCUGACAACCAUCCCAAUUGUGUAUCUGCAGCCAGAUCCAGGGCUUUGCAAUUUGCUGAUGUGAUUGUGUUAUUUGGUGCUAGACUGAAUUGGAUUUUACAUUUUGGACUUCCUCCAAGAUAUCGGCCAGAUGUGAAGUUUAUCCAGGUUGACAUCUGUGCAGAAGAAUUGGGGAAUAACGUGAGACCUGCUGUGACUUUACUAGGAGACAUAAAUGCUGUUACUAAACAGCUUUUAGAACAGUUUGAUAAGGCACCAUGGCAGUACCCUCCAGAGAGCAAGUGGUGGAAUACUCUGAGGGAAAAAAUGAAGAGCAAUGACACUGCAUCCAAGGAAUUAGCUUCCAAAAAAUCCCUGCCUAUGAAUUAUUACACAGUAUUCUAUCAUAUUCAAGAACAACUCCCCAGGGACUGUUUUGUGGUAAGCGAGGGAGCAAACACCAUGGACAUUGGACGCACUGUGCUUCAAAACUACCUACCUCGUCACAGGCUUGAUGCUGGUACUUUUGGAACAAUGGGAGUUGGUUUGGGAUUUGCUAUUGCAGCUGCUCUAGUGGCUAAAGAUAGAAACCCUGGGAAAAGGGUCAUCUGUGUGGAGGGAGACAGUGCCUUUGGGUUUUCUGGCAUGGAGGUGGAAACCAUCUGCAGGUACAAUUUGCCAAUCAUACUCUUGGUGGUGAACAAUAAUGGAAUUUACCACGGUGUUGAUAAAGAUUCUUGGAAAGAAAUGUUAAAAUGUCAAGAUGCUACUACAGUGGCCCCUCCGAUGUGUCUCCUGCCAGACUCACAUUAUGAACAGGUCAUGGCUGCAUUUGGAGGUAAAGGAUAUUUUGUACAAACACCGGAAGAACUCCAAAAAUCCCUGAGGCAGACCCUGGAAGAUACUACUAAACCCUCUCUUAUCAACAUUAUGAUUGAGCCACAAGGCACAAGGAAGGCCCAGGAUUUUCACUGGCUCACCCGCUCUAAUAUGUAAAUAAAGAUGCCAGUAGGUGUUCUUGAGGGAUUUUCUCUUUCCUACAAGGUUGAAUUUUGUUUUCCACAGCAAAGUUACUACAAAUGUAAUGGUGCAAAGAAAAAUAAAAUAAUAUUUUAAAAUAACAUUUUAUAAUAAAGGAAUUAAUUAAAUACA